CCAGGGCGGCGCAGCGAUGUGGAUCCAGGUUCGUACGAUAGACGGGAAGGAGACCCGGACCGUGGAGGAUCUGUCGAGGCUGACCAGGAUCGAGUCCCUGCGGCUGAAGAUCCAGGAGAUCUUCAACGUGGGCCCGCAGCAGCAGCGGCUCUUCUACCGAGGGAAGCAGAUGGAAGAUGGCCAGACACUGUUUGAUUACAACGUCGGCCUCAACGACAUCGUCCAGUUGCUGAUUCGCUCUCAGACCGACCCUCCGGACAGCCCCGGCCCCAAGGACCUCUCGGGUGUCGCCUGCAGCUCAGCCCCCCCGCCCGACUCCCGGCCUGAAAGCCAUAAGUCCCCAGCUCCCGCCCCCCCUGCCGAUAUGGAAACCAACACCAACACAGACAAUGGCGGCGGCAGCAGCAUCACUACCAGCAUCAUAAAGGAAACCAAGCCGGACACCAGCGUCACCAGUAACUCGACCAGUACUACCAAAAAUGGCUUCAAGUCCUCCAGUCCGGUCCGGGACCCCCAGCCCCCGACGUCCAGCAGAAACGCACUCGUUGACCCAGGAUUUGGUGUGUACAAGAUUAACGAGCUGGUGGACUGCAGAGACGUCAGCAUCGGCGCCUGGUUUGAGGCCUGCAUCGAAAACGUGACAGAGGCUCCCAAAGGACAGAUAACGCCCCCCAAGGGCAAGGUGGGCCGGCCCCCCAAAAGGACUAACGGAAAGCUGGAGGCCGAGCAGGCCCAGGCCCACGGCCAGGACCAAAACACAGACAGUAACAGGAAUAACGUUGCGCUCCCCUCGGAGAGCAACGGAGCCUCCACCUCUCAGACAGACUCUGCAGCAGAGAGCAAGGAGAGAGAAGAGGACGUCAUUUAUCACAUUAAAUACGACGACUACCCGGAGAAUGGCGUGGUGGAGAUGCGACUGCGGGACGUGCGGCCACGCGCCAGGACCCUGCUGCGGUGGGACCAGCUUCAGGUGGGCAUGCAUGUGAUGGUCAACUACAAUAUGGAGACGCCGGAGGAGAGGGGCUUCUGGUUCGACUCCGAGAUUCAAACGCUCAACCAGGCCUCUCGCACCAACAAGGAGCUCCGAGUCAAGAUCCUCCUCGGUGGUCCCGGAGAUGUGAUUGGGGAUUGUAAGGUUCACUUCCUGGAUGAAAUCUACCAGAUGGAGAAACCAGGAGCCGGCGCACUCUCAGCUGCGGAUGGACAAUUUAAACGGAAGAGCGGACCGGAGUGCAAGCACUGCAAGGCCGACCCCGAGGCCGAGUGCCGCUUCUGCUCCUGCUGCGUGUGCGGCGGCAAGCAGGACGCUCACAUGCAGCUGCUGUGCGACGAGUGCAACAUGGCGUUUCACAUCUACUGCCUCAACCCGCCGCUGGCCACCAUCCCAGACGACGAGGACUGGUACUGUCCCACCUGUAAGAAUGACACCAGCGAGGUGGUGAAAGCCGGAGAGAAGCUCAAAGCCAGCAAGAAGAAAGCCAAGAUGCCUUCGGCGACGACCGAGAGUCAAAGGGACUGGGGAAAGGGUAUGGCUUGUGUGGGGCGAACUAAAGAAUGCACAAUUGUUCCUUCAAACCACUAUGGACCAAUUCCUGGAGUUCCUGUUGGAACCACCUGGAAAUUCAGAGUACAGGUGAGUGAGGCCGGUGUUCACAGGCCACAUGUCGGUGGUAUCCAUGGACGCAGCAACGAUGGCUCCUAUUCGCUGGUGCUGGCCGGGGGCUUUGAGGAUGAAGUGGACCGGGGAGAUGAGUUCACCUACACAGGCAGUGGGGGUCGUGACCUCUCAGGAAACAAACGAAUCGGAGAACACUCAUUUGACCAGACCCUGACACACAUGAACAGGGCACUGGCCUUAAACUGCGACGCCCCUCUGAAUGACAAAGACGGGGCGGAGUCGAGGAACUGGCGGGCGGGGAAACCGGUGAGGGUCGUGCGCAGCUCCAAAGGUCGACGCAUCAGCAAAUACGCCCCGGAGGAAGGAAACCGCUAUGACGGCAUUUACAAGGUGGUGAAGUACUGGCCAGAGAUUGGAAAGUGUGGUUACUUGGUGUGGAGGUACCUGCUGAGACGGGAUGACCUGGAACCAGCACCGUGGACGCCUGAAGGACUCGAGAGGAUCAAGAAACUGGGCCUGGCUGUUCAGUACCCACCCGGCUACUUGGCGGCCAUGGCCAACAAAACAAAGAAGGAGGCGUGUGCCAGACCUGGUCGCGGCGGCCGGGGUAAGCACCAUCCCGGGAGGGGGAGGCCACGGAGACAACCGAAGAUCAAGGAGGAAGAGAAGUUCGAUGAGGAGGAAGAGGACAUGGAGCCGAUGGCCUGUGUGGAAGAGGAGGAGAUGAAAAGUAACGGAGAGGAGAUGACCACCAGAGAAAGUGAAUCGUCACCAGCUGCAGAGCCUCCGUCUAAACGUGUGAAGAUGGAGGAGACCUUCCAGCUGUCAGAGCAGCAGCAGCAGCUGAUCCGAGAGGACACGGCCAACAAGAAACUCUGGGCUGAAGCCAUGGAAAACCUCAAAGAGGGGCCGAAUUUCCUGCGCAAGAUGGAGCAGAUCUUCAUGUGCGUGUGCUGCCAGGAGCUGGCCUACCAGCCCGUCACCACCGCCUGCUCACACAACGUCUGCAAGGAUUGUCUCCAGCGGUCAUUUCGAGCGCAGGUGUUCACCUGUCCCGCCUGCCGCCACGACCUGGGCAAGGACUACGCCAUGACCCAGAACAAGAUGCUCCAGAUGCUGCUCGACCAGUUCUUUCCCGGCUACAGCAAGGGCCGAUGAGGUCGAAAUGAAAAAACCCAUUUAUACGUAGAACACGUACAUAAACGCACAUAAGCAGCCGUUCUGUGCACCCGUGUAAACCGUCAAGUACCUAGAGCUCCACUUUAAAAAAGCAUCGCGCACACUUUCCGUACUUACCAACGGGCAAAUGUAUAUUGCAUAUACAACCAGUUAUUGUAUACAAUCAUUCAUACACAAACAACCUCAGUAGGGACUGACCUCAUCUGUUGAACUUGGACUGUCUCCAUUAACUUCACCAGCCUGAAAUUCAACCAAGGACAUUUUGAAACCUCCCUACUCACCGCCACAAAAACGCACAAAACAAAAGCCGCCCCCCGACUCUCGCACCCACUCAUCAUCUGAAUCUCUUGGCUCAUUUGACAGUUUUUUCGUCCGCUGGUUCCGUGAAUGAACUGCACGUUGUUAGAGUGCGUGCUUCUCCCCACUGGGCCACUGGGUUCCUGCCAACCUGUUUGCAUUUUGUGUACCACGCUCUGGAGCUUCACCCCAAAAUGAGUGUUGUUCUCAGGAGGGAAAUAAAGGAGGGAGGUUAAUAGAGUGAUGCAAUGGUAAUGUCACAACGUUAAAACGAUCAUACGAUUAGAAUCUCUGUUCAUUUAUGUACGAGACAAAGCACACAAUCUUUCCUGACCUUGGAGCACUUUAUUUCCGUUUUGUAGGUUAAUCAGGAGCAUUGUUAGCGUCCCGCUAGCUUCUCGUGUCACUUGGAAUGAUGCCACCGCCAUGCUCCCAGCUAAUAAGAUUAGUAAAUGUCUCACCAGGCUGGGUGAACUUUCAGAGCAGAAAUUGGCAGCUGUGUCCGGUUUGUUUGGAGCGUCGGAGGAUUUCUGGCUCCGUUAGAACCGUUAGACUUUGUGAGAUACUUUGUGAGUCCCCCUCAAAAAAUGAUGAAAGCUCUGUCCUUAGAUUUAAUGUAAAAAAAAUCUGCUUUUAAAAAGCAAUUUCUGAAAAAGUAAUCACUCCUAAAUAUAGGAAAUAAAAUGCAUGUUACACAAAUUAUAGUCUUUCUUUAGCAUGGCACUUUUACUUUCCACUUCCAUGCAGCUGAAAUAAAAGGACAAGAUAAACAAGCGCACACGUCUGGAUCUCCACCAUAAGCACUAUUGAAACCUCCAACACUAUAAAUAUUUGAAUAAUCCAUAAAUGAAGUUCUCACAUACUCGAGCAUUACCUGAGUAUUUCCUGCUAUUUCCUCCGUUGAUCAGAUCUAAAUGCGCAUAAAAGAUUUACAUUAGAUUUAAAAAAGAUUUAGAUUCAUUCUCUGAGAUGCUCGUGAAGUGUGACACGCGCCGCUUUGCACAUCGAUUUCAAACACGCUGUGGUCGUCCCUGGUGUUACCAAGCAACCGCAAUCAAUCAGGACUCCACACAAAGACGUUUGGCGUUGAUAUUAAUCUGCCUUUGUUCUUCCUGUUCGAGCUCUGGGUGUUUGGGCCUGGAUCUGCUUCUCCUCCAUUCAGGAAAAAAAAAAUUAAUCCAGUGAGUGAUUGCACAACCAGGAUGAGGAGAGUCAGGUCCAGAGAACGGAGGUGCAGCUGUCUCACUCUGUCAUGAUUGACUCUGGAAACAAGGCCACUGAUUUCUGUGGCCUCACAAAGAGCUUUUUAAUUCGAUGGCUCCGCAGCAUCAGAGGCUCAGAGGCGCUGCUGAAUCGUGCAAUCGCUCCCCCCCCACACACACACACAGCAAAUGAAGCCCCAGAGUUUCCUUAAAUUGUUAAUUUGUUCCAUAAUCAGGAAGUAACUGAUUUACAAUUAUACUCCUGCAGGUUUUCAACAGCUCUUAUGUGAACGUUAACUGGUGCUUGUGUUUUAUUAAUACGUUUUUGAAUCUUUCAAUAGGUGGCGUGUCUCAUUACACUUGAAUCCAACAAAACCCGUUUAAGUAAAGCUACAUUUCUGUCUUCCCCAUAGUCAGAACUAGUGGAUUUACUGGUUAUUCUGGAUAAUGUCCAUGUGGCUUCAUUGCGUAACCUAGAAACAAGUUUGCAUCCCCGGGUGUCACUGCUAAUCUACCAGUGAACACGGGAUGUGAGCUUUCCUCAAGUGGAGGCGAAUAAAAGACAGUGCUGGAACAAUAAUUAUCCCCCAAAUCUCAGGUUCAGUUUUUCAAACAUUCAAAAUGUUUCCAAAUUGUCAAUUCCAAGUCUUAGUUGCAAUUGGUAUUUGUGUACUUUUCUAAUACUAGACCAGGGGAUAAAAACAACAUUUCACGUCUCGUUGCAUUGCACAUCAAAUGUCAGAGUUUUAUUUCGAAGCAUCGUUCCUAUGAAUAAACCCCCGUGGCUGUGUCUUAAAACCAUGCUAAUCAAACCUAACCACAAGUCUGUCUUUAAGAUGAUAACCUAGACGGCCAUAGGCCAACAAAGACGUGUCCUACCCUGUAGCUGCCGGCUCUUAUUACCCUCAGUGUAAAUACUAAACUAAACAUUAAUUCAAGACUCAACAUGGCGAUUGAAUAAUCCUAAAAUAACAAGGACAAAUGACGAUACUUAAGUGAACAGAUUUUUUUUAUCCACCUUUAAUUCUCCUUCAAGUCUGAACAGGGUAAAAGAUUAUUUCUUGUUUGAUUAUAAGCUACUAUAAUCUCGUUUUUUAUUGCAGACCUUUACUUAUAUGUUUUAAUCGAGUGGAUUCAGCCCGAGCACUGAAACUUGCCCCUCCAUGACUUUGUAAUGCACUUAUUUCCCUCUUUUAAAGGCUCUGUAACAAUACCUCCACAGCAACAAAGACUAGUGACAUUAUCAUUUUCAUCCUCAUCCUCCACAAUAAUCCGACAUUUUGGUUUUACCUUCCUAUUUGGACUUUUCCCAUUAUCGAAACUGUAAUACACUGAUUACUGAGGCCCAGUAAUGCUUGUAUUCUCCAGUUUGUCAGAGUAAAAAAAAGUUUUAUUCUAAGCAGCUAACAAAGAUUUUAUUCAUUCCCAGUACUGAAGUGGUACUUUAAAACAUCCAGGGUUGGCAGGCCUGAUGGGAACUAAAACCAAACCAUUCCAUGGAGAGCACGCAGCCAGCAGCCGAGCCGAGCCGCUGAUCUGAGGUCUGCCGAGGCUCAGAUACAAUAUUCCAAAUAUUUUCCAAGUGUGAAUUAACUUUUGUUAGAAAAGCGUCGCCCCCUCGUUCACCGACACCAUCACGUUCACCUGUAACAGCCUUCAAGGUAAAGCCAUGUUUCCUGCCGAGCUGCCGGCUUGUUAGUGGUGACGUCCUCGUUUCUGUUCAACCAUUCAGGAUCUUUCUUUGUUCUCAACAUGCAAGUACAAUAUGCUAUAUGGUCUUUGAAGCUAACUGUGAUGUGCAUUUUCUUCCACUGUCGCUUAAUCUUGUUCGAAAGAUGAUUUUCUUCCUGGCAAAGCGAAUCUCCCUCCUUUCUUUCUCCGCUGUGACCUUCGCUCCCUCUCCUCUCCCCCCCGCUGUCUCCUGCUCUCCGUGAACCUACAGUACUAACGAUUUUUAGACGUCUUGUGGACGCUUGGCUUCAGUGCUGUGUUGUUUCUUUUUUUCCUUUUCUAUUGCACUCUGUUGAAGAAAAACUUUUCUUAGAAUGCUUGCUAUUAUCUAUGUCCGUGCGCCAUUUUUCUACCAUUUUAGUUGCUUCUCUAUUUCUUAUUUUAAUCAUUAGACCUUUUUUUUUAUGUGGCAACCUCCAGCAUUGCAGCGUAUGCCGGUCUGAGGAGUUCCAUUGCUUCAUAUUGUGAUCUGAAAUUUUAUACAUGUCAUAAUAAUACUUGAUAUGUACCUAUUAAAUAUUUGGA